AUGGCGGGCUAUCCGCAACAAAUGAUGUUUGCGAUGGUGCCACAAGCCGUUGUGAUGCCGUCUGCCGUCGUGAUGCCCCCUGCCGUACUGAUGCCGCCCAUUGCAGCUCCUGUGGGAAUCGACAUUGCCACAGAGGUGCAGCGCAUGGUGGAGUGCGAGGGCUUCAAGCCCAUGGCUUUGGCAGAUGCCGAGGCGAGACUCGGCUCUGCUUCACAAAAGUAUCUGGCGAGUAAUUGCUUGAGGCUGGAGCAGGUUUUAAAGCUCCACACAAGCCUCAUAAGCGUGUGGAGCCAGGAUGACACCGGUGUCCUGAUGGUGUCCGUACCAUCGUCGCCGUGGCUGGGGGCCGACGCCAAACCGCCGUCUGAACAUGGGCCUACGGGCCCCAAGCAGAAGGAGAACCGGGAUCAGGUCCUGACCGGCAUUCUCCGCGGCAAGGCCCUGGACAUCAUAGAGGAUCUCACCAACAUACCAGACUUGCAAGAAAGCUUGCGUGACAUUGCUGCGAUUCUGCUGACUUCUCCAGACAGGACGAUGCUCGUCUCAAGUCUGGGCAACAGGAUAUCCACGAGAACAAGGAAUUUUCUACGGUGUGCAAAGCUUCGCACAGCCCAGCUGCUGCGAUGCUUCUCCGACGACUUUUUUCUGGAGGAGAAAGGCGCGGGCACGACCGUGACUUACGCAAAGGCUGCACCCAAGCAGUACUAUGUGACUCCGCAGCAACACCAGAGGAUCGACUCUGCUCGACAUGCCAGGCUUUUGAAGCUGGCAACAGACGUUACCAUGGAUUUCAGGCAAGCCAAAGACAUAUCUGCCGGUGAUCUCAUCGAGAAGUUAUGCAGUGAAGGCACUCAAGGCAUGCUGCUGAUCGACUGCCGAUCCGAAGCUGAACAAGUGCUCAGUGCUCUGCCCGGCGCUGUACAGCUUUACCAUGUCACUGCGGAGCAUUUGCAGCAGGCAGCUUUCGUGGUGGCGUACUGCUGCAUUGGUUGCCGAUCAGCCGAGUGGUGCCAGGAGCUUUCGAGUUCCGCCGUGGCCCACAAGCUGCACUACCUCAAAGGUGGAAUUGCAGCCUGGCUCCAUGAGGGCGGCCAACUCAUCCAACCCAACACCGGAAUGCCCUGCCGGCUGGUGCACUGCUGGACUUGGGAGCUUACUCCCUUCUUCCCCACGCGAGGAUGCGAGGUGCACAGCCCUGCCCAGCUGGGCACGAUGGCACAGACGGAGAUCGAAAGCUCGCCCCAGCGUAGCUUGACCCGGGCCUCUAGGGCGCGGUUGGAUCGAUUGCGGAACCUUGCAUGGGAGGUGCGAUUGCGGUACUGCCCAUCGGUGCUGUGCCUUGAUGCGGAGGAUGUUCAGCGGCUAAUUUCAGAAUCUGCAACUGGUGGGUACAUCUUCGUGGACGUACGCACAAACGAAGAGCGUCAGGUGUCAACCAUUUCUUGCCCCACUUGCCCAACCAUCACGAAGGAAGAGUUCCUUCAGAAGAUGGCGGGCAACUUGCCAAACCUGCCCUACACGUUCCUUGUCUUUUGCACAGUGGGUGGCCGCUCUGGAAGGUUCUGCCAAGACCUGCUGACAGAGCCGCAGAAGCACGGAGUACACGGCAAGGUGAACAGCUCGCAGAUGAAGAGUAUCCUGGGAGGCAUUGCCGCUUGGGUGCACGCCGGCGGCAACUUGGUGGACACCUUGGGCAACCCGACGCGGAAGGUGAGUCCCUGGUGCCAGGCGUUCAUGGACAUCUUUCCAGUGUCAGGAGCCGAAUUGGUUCUUGACGAGCUGCAAGUUGUGCCGCAAGAUGCGCGCGCGUUCAUUGACUGCAAGUCUUGCGCGGAGAUGGCAGCUGAAGUGUCUGCACCUGGUAGGAUACUUCGCACCUGCCAGGCUUUGGCUCCAGAGGUCUUGGCCGACACGCUCAGCCGAGCAGCUGAGACGUGCGCGCCAUAUGACGACUGA